AUGGAUAAAAAUCGUUUAACAAAAGUCAAUAAUACAAAUCAUACUAUCAAUAGUAUAAAUAAUCAGUAUUAUACAUCAUCACCAACUAUAGUAACAAUACCAAAUGAUGAUACGAACAUACAUGAAACGGAUCGUUUUAUAAAUGAACGUGCAUCAUCAAAUGUUAUAUCUGAUUUACCACGUUCACGUAAUCUUGAAGAAGCAGAUGAAAGUGAACUACCAUUUCCUGGUUUUGUUGAUCAAGUCUUUUAUUGUCUUAAACAAACAACAACACCACGUUAUCAAUGUUUACGACUAAUAACAUGGCCAUGGUUUGAACGUAUAAGUAUGAUAGUUAUUAUACUUAAUUGUAUAACACUUGGUAUGUAUCAACCAUGUGCACAUCAUACGGGUUCCCAAUUAACUAAAAAAUGUGAUACACCACGUUGUAUAUGGUUACAAGCAACAGAUUAUUUUAUUUUUGGAUUUUUUACUAUUGAAAUGUGUAUUAAAAUGACUGCCAUGGGAAUAUAUGGUAAAGGAACCUAUUUAGCGGAAACAUGGAAUAGACUUGAUUGUUUUAUUGUUGUUGCUGGAUUAGUUGAAUCAUUAAUACCAGGUGAUAAUUUAAGUUUAUCAGCUAUUCGUACAGUUCGAGUUCUUCGUCCAUUACGUGCCAUUAAUCGCGUACCAUCCAUGCGUAUAUUAGUCAUGCUUUUACUUGAUACAUUACCAAUGCUUGGAAAUGUGGAUUUUCCAUAUCGGCCUUUUUAUAUUCCACCUGAUCAAGAUUCAUUUGUUUGUUCAAACCCUCAGGCAAGUGGAAUGACAAAAUGUUCAGAAAUUCCUAAAUUACGAAAAGGAAAUAUGACAUGUGAACUUGAUUUUUAUGCAGUACAUGAACAAAUGUUAAAAGAUCCACAUAAAUCAAUAAAUGGUUGUAUUAAUUGGAAUCAAUAUUAUAAAUUUUGUAAUGUAUCGGAUAAAAAUCCUUAUUCGGGUUCGAUCAGUUUUGAUAAUAUUGGUUUAGCAUGGGUUGUUAUAUUUCAAAUAAUUAGUCUUGAGAGUUGGGUUAAUAUCAUGUAUUAUAUACAAGAUGCUCAUUCAUUCUGGGACUGGAUUUAUUUUGUUUUUCUUAUUAUAAUUGGUUCAUUUUUUAUGAUUAAUUUAUGUCUUGUUGUUAUUGCAACACAAUUUAGUGAGACAAAAAAAACGUGA